ACGUGCACAGGUAGGGCUCAAUGAUAUUGGUAACCCUUUUAGCCUGUCUGUUUUACAAAUAUAUUUAUCAAAUUGAAGGUAUUAAAAAAAUUGCAGGACAAACGUAGUCUUGUCUCUAUGUAUUUUAGUGUUAAGAUGAUGCCGGACACUACGGUAUGUGACAAUAAACAGAGCUUACAGGAGUCUUAAUAUUAAUAGCUUAAUAUUUAUUGGUACAGUCUAUCGCACAACAGCUUUUUCUCACCUAUUUAGACGCGUUUUCACCGUGUUUUCGCUGAUUUCACACUGUACUCGAAUGCUGCCGCUCUGUCUUUUGCCACACAGUGGGCGUAACCGCAGUCAUUUUCGCCAAAGGUGACGUCACGUGCAUACCCUCUAUUGAUAUCAAGGAGUUCACCCAUAGAUAUGUAUAUAAAGGCUAGAUGGCUCAAGGCGGAGUCCCUAACGGCAUCACCUGCCGGCCAUCUUACGACAGGGCGCUUGCUCACUCGUAGCAUUGAGUUUAAUGGUGCAGGUACUUUUAAAUGAGCAUAACUUGCUCAAUGUUCUACCGAUUUUCAAACGGUUUGGGUUUUUACAAACGUUAUUAACGUGGCUAUAAUUCUGGAUGCUUUAACAUGUUUCAUGAAUUUAUUUUUUAUUUUUAGUAUAGGUAUGCAGUGUCAUAGGUACAUCUUUGACGUUUAUAACAAACCAAACCGUUUGAAAAUCGGUAAAAAAAUUAAGCAAGUUAUGGUCAUUUAAAAGUACCUGCAUCAUUAAAACUCAAUGCUACGAGUGAGCGAGCGCCCUGUCGUAAGAUGGCCGCCAAAAUGCGGACUUUGCACUCAAUUGGCCAGCAGCGCGGACGAGCCAUCUAGCCUUUAUAUACAUAUCUAUGAGUUCACCCCUCAGUACAGAAGAUGGCGGCAAUGCACACUGUUUGCAAACUGCCUGUAAAACUACCGAAGAAGAAGAAGCGUCUUCUCUCUCCAGUACAGCAGGAGGCGCUGCAGCUCUUUAAUCCGCAGAUAAACUCACUAAAGAAAGAAAGAGCGCGCGUGUGAUGUGUUUGUGUAUCCUCAGUGUUUUUCUCUCUUGCGUGUUUCUUUUAAACGGAGUCUUGUCUCUGUGUAUUUUAUUGUUGAGAGGAUACAGGACACUACAGUGUGUGACAGUAAGAGCUUACAGGAGGAUCAAACCUCCACAGAGUCUCUGGAUUCUGUCUGUAACGCUGGAGAACAGCAGCAGACCAAACUGAAGAUGUGUUCAGUUAAACUCAUCGACUGCACGAACCUCAUGAUGAAGAUUAAAACGGAACCCACAGAAAUCAAAACGGAACCCAAAGAAAUCAAAACUGAACCCACAGAAAUCAAAACUGAAUCCAAAGAAAUCAAAACUGAACACACAGAGGAGGAAGAUCGCACUGAUGAAGACGAUUUUGAUUUUAUUCCAUCAGGUGUGAAGAGUGAUUCAUGUUUGGAUAUAGAAAUAACGUCCUCACAAUCAAAAGAGCGACUGACAGCACAAACUCUUUCCUGCAUCACCUGUGAAAAGACAUUCAGCUCACAGAGACUUUUAGAGAGACAUGAGAGAAAACACACAGAACAGAAACUCUUCAACAGAUCUGAGAUCAGCUUUACUACCUUACAAGAGAAGAAACUUCAUUCAGAAGACCACAGAGAGAAGAAGAAGCAGCAGUUUCACUGUGAGCAGUGUGGGAGGAUUUGUGUCUCUUCCUAUAAACUAAAUAUUCACAUGAGGAUACACAGUGAUGAAAAGCCUUUCAACUGCACUGAAUGUGGAAAAUACUUCAGAACCAAACAAUAUGUUAAAGUUCAUCAGAGACUUCACACUGAAGAGAAACCUCAUCAUUGUAAUGUCUGUGGGAAGAGUUUUAGUCAACAGUCAAACUUACUUUAUCACAAGAGAAUUCAUACAAGAGAAAAACCUUUCAAAUGCUCUCAGUGUGACAAGACGUUUGCUUGUUCAAGUCACUUAAAAUACCAUCAGAGAGUUCAUACUGGAGAGAAACCUUAUCACUGUAGUGUCUGUGGGAAGAGUUUUAGUCAACAGACUUCAUUACUAAAUCACACGAGACUUCAUACAGGUGAAAAACCUUUCCAAUGCUCUCAGUGUGACAAGACGUUUGCUCAGUCAGCUUCCUUAAAAAAACAUCAGAGAGUUCAUACUGGAGAGAAACCUUAUCACUGUAGUGUCUGUGGGAAAAGUUUUGUUCAACAGACAAACUUAUCUAAGCACAAGAGAGUUCAUACAGGUGAAAAACCUUACAAAUGCUGUCAGUGUGACAAGACGUUUACUUGUUCAAGUAACUUAAAAAAACACCAAAGAGUUCAUACUGGAGAGAAACCUUAUUACUGUAGUCUCUGUGGGAAGAGUUUCUCUAAUUUAUAUCAUUUAAGAGUCCAUCAGAGAGUUCACACUGGAGAGAAACCUUAUCACUGUAGUGUCUGUGGGAAGAGUUUUAGUGUAAGUGAUACCUUACUAAAGCACCAGAGAGUUCAUACAGGGGAAAAACCUUACAAAUGCUCUCAGUGUGACAAGAUGUUUGCUUAUUCAUGUAACUUAAAAGCCCAUCAGAGAGUUCAUACAAGAGAGAAACCUUAACACUGCAAUGUUUUUGGGAAGAGUUUAUUGACAGUCAGUCAGGUUAUGACACCAAAAUCUUGUAUAAAGUCUAAAGUAUUGUUAAAAACAAGUUAAUGGUAAAAUAAGAGCAAAUAAUCAAAUUAUGAGCAAUAUCGCAGAUAAAUAGAACAGAACAAACAUACAAAUGAAAUAAAACUCUGCUGCUCCUGGUUUCA